CAUGUAUGCACGCUCUACGCAACGUUAUAGGUUAUAGGCAUAGGAGCAAAGUCGCGUCGAGACAACGUCUACAUAUCUCUGUACAUUAUCUUUAAACAAGUUCGACACUCGUGGAACGCUUGACGAAGAUGGCCCGCGCGGAUGGAAGUGGUGAUGCCGAUUGUAGUUCGAUCAUGAAGAAACUCGGCCUGCAACCUAUCACACGAUGCAGCCUCGCCAAGUUCUACGUGCCGGCAUUCGGCACCGCCUCGUAUACCGCGAUGUCCAUGAAUGUCAUGAACCCGAGCCUCGUCGUCAAAGUAUUUCCAAAAAGGGACAUUACAAAUGUCUUAUUGGUUGGUACCCUAGUUGGCACCGGAUCGUAUAUCUACACACGUGAGCAUGUAAAAAGUGCGCCACAGUCUAUAAGAAUUUUGUACAGUGUUACCGGUGCGGUAUUAUUGAGCUUGGGAUCCGUUUUGAUGUGGGCGGUGAUACGUUCUGUAGUGCCGCCAAGUCCUACCAUUUGUACGAUAGCUGGUAUCGGCACUGGAGUGGCACUUCUCAAAAUUGGCUCGAGCUAUCUCGAGUUUGUCGACAAGCAAAUAGCGAAAAAGUAGGCUGUUUCUGUUAUAUGCUUUCUGUUUUCUCUUUUUUUAAUUUCAAAUUUGUAUUUUAAAUUAUUAUGGAAAGAAAUUGUGUUGAACAAAACGAUACUUUAAAAUAAUAUUGAAUUUUGACUGAAAUUUCUACAGACGCAAAUUAUACGAAAGUAUAUCAUCCUUUUUACCAAAACUUUCAUAUUUACGUGAUUACGUAUUUACAUGAGAGGUUACAAAAAAGGGGAUGAGAAAUGUAAGUCAAUAUUUUCAUGAAAGCUCGAAUUAUCAUAUUGUACAAACUUGCGCUAUCAGCAAUUCCAGUGUUGAUAAAUUUUUUCGUCUGCUAGUGAAUGUGUUAAGCAUUUGCUACUUUUUGCUCCUCGACACACCGACAAUGUUACCGAUAUUUGAUAAAUUGUUAAUUACGCAAGAUAUAUUUGCAAUAUGCACGCACUUUGUGAACUUAUUAGAGAAAUUCCGGAAAAAAAUAUCGCAAGGAUCGAACGAAUGUAUUUACAUUUAGUUGCGGAUAAUUCCGGAAAAUACGUGCGUCGUAUGUUUUGUAAACUGUACAGCAUUCACAUAAGGAUGCAUUGUGUAGAUAAAUGUCACCAUAAAUAUAUACGAAUAUAUGAACCGU